AUGGGGAACAGUGAAGUCGGUGCAAAACUUGUUGAUGAUGCUCUUGCCUCUGGAAAAAUUUACGAAGACGAAGGUUUCGGUUACAUCAAAGAAUCUUUCGCAAAUAACACCUUGCACCUUAUUGGAUUGAUGAGUGAUGGGGGUGUGCACUCGCGCCUUGAUCAGUUACAGUUGCUGCUCAAAGGUGCUAGUGAACACGGUGCCAAGAGGAUACGUGUUCAUGUACUUACUGAUGGCCGUGAUGCUGUGGAUGGUUCAAGUGUUGGCUUUGCAGAGACACUUGAAAAGGAUCUUGCAGAGCUACGUGGGAAAGGCAUUGAUGCGCAGGUUACAUCGGGUGGAGGUCGCAUGCCCACACAUUGGAGAAGUUUGGUUCAGGAUAUAGAGGUUCUUGUUGUCAACUCAUCAGCACUAGGAAAUUCAAAGGUGAUGACACCAGAAACUCUGCUUUCAGUUAAUAUCAGAUGA